UCCAAACAACAUUGCCGCUCGGUCGCAUUAUCGCAUUUUAUUGAUUCGCAACGGCUAGAAUCCUCGAGAUAAUUCAAAUCAAGUAUUGGGCAAAUAGCGUGCCAAUUAACUAUCGCAAUAAAUAUAUCUGAUUUUAUAAAUUUUUUAUGUUAAUUUAGACGCUUCUGUUUUAAUUGUUUUUGCGCGGGUGUAAGUGCCUGUGUGUGUGUGAAGGAUUACGGGGAAUUGUAACUGUUCUGGGUGACAAUGUGUGUGUGCGUGGGAAGUCAGGAAAAGCGGAAAAGUUAUUAACAAAAUCGUGGUGCAAUAAAAGAUGUAGAACACAGCCCUAGGAAGGAAGAAGAAGCCCAGUGCCAAGAUAAUCUGGGGGAAUCCCAACCGGGGACAAGCAAACGCAGUCCACUGACCAGGAUGUCGUUCAAGCUCUUUCGCCGCGGAUCGGCGCGGUGCAUCGGUCUACUAUCGGCGUUCGUGACGAUCCUACUCUGCCUUUACUACAUCUCCAUUGGCCAGCCCAAUCCGGCGCCCAUUUCCGAGACGGGUGCUCCGUCGGCGGCAUUACGUGGUUCACCACUCAAUGCAAUAAACGGUUUCAGCGUGGGCGCAGGUUCAUCCGCGAUAUCCCACCAACAGAAGAUACAUACCGCGAUUGUGUCGAACCAGAAGAGAUCCUCGGAAGCGAAGGUGGCGCAGACAACUGGGUCGCCGGAGUCGCAAUCGGAGGAGGAAUAUACCAACAGCAAAUGGGGCGACAAGUGCUACGAGUUGCUCCAGAGCAACACGAAUAUAACCGCUAGCGAGGAGCACAGCAAGUUCGACUUUCAGCCGGAAUGGAUGCGCUCGAAGGAGUACUGGGAUCGAGGUUUCGAGGAGCGCUUUGAUGCGCAGAAAAAGGACAAACAGCGGCCACCACUGAAAAUCAUAGUGGUUCCGCAUUCCCAUAACGAUCCCGGCUGGCUGAAGACCUUCACCAACUAUUUCCAGUCGGAUUCGCGUCAGAUCCUCAACCUGCUGGUGACCAAGAUGCAAGAGUACACAGACAUGACGUUCAUCUGGUCGGAGAUCAGUUUCCUGCAACUUUGGUGGGAUCAGGCGCAUCCCACCAAGCAGCGAGCACUAAAGCGGCUGAUUGACUCGGGUCGCAUCGAAAUAACCACUGGUGGAUGGGUGAUGACGGAUGAAGCGAACGUGCAUAUUUACCCAAUGCUGGAUCAGCUCAUCGAGGGCCAUCAAUGGCUGAAGAACAACCUGAAUGUGACGCCGAAAGUGGGCUGGUCCAUAGAUCCCUUUGGACAUGGCAGCACCGUGCCAUAUCUUCUAUCCGGAGCGAAUUUCGAGGGCACCAUCAUUCAGCGGAUUCACUACGCCUGGAAGCAGUGGUUCGCCCGCCAGCAGUCGGGUGACUUCAUCUGGAAGCCCUAUUGGAGGGGCAGAAACGGAAAGGACAGUGAGACUGGCAGCCUGCUUACCCAUAACAUGCCCUUCGAUAUAUACUCGAUCAAGGGCUCGUGUGGUCCUCAUCCCUUUAUCUGCCUAAACUUUGACUUCCGCAAAAUACCGGGCGAGUACACAGAAUACUCCGUAAAAGCCCAAUUCAUUACGGACGAUAAUCUGGAGGCAAAGGCGCAGCUGCUGCUUGAGCAGUAUGCCAGGACCGCCUCUUUGUUUCCCCACAACGUGGCCCUCAUCCCGGUCGGCGAUGAUUUCCGUUAUAACAAGGAUCGCGAGGUGGAUCAGCAGUAUCAGAACUACAAGAAACUAAUCGAUUACAUUAUGGCCAAUCGGAGGCUCUACAACGCAGACAUCCGCUUUGGGACACCCAGCGAUUACUUUGAAGCCAUCAAGGAGCGCAUGAAGGAUCGCAGUCCUGGUUUCCCCAGCUUCAAGGGCGACUUCUUCGUUUACUCGGAUAUUUUCUCGGAGGGCAGGCCGGCUUACUGGUCGGGAUACUUCACCACACGUCCCUUCUACAAGCUGCUGAGUUCCGAGCUGGAGCAUCAGCUGCGAUCCGCAGAGAUUGUGUUCACCCUGGCCUACAACACUGCUCGCCAGGCGAAGCGCGAGAAUGCGAUCAAGAUCUACGAAAAAAACUAUGAGCUCAUCAUUAAUGCUAGACGAAAUCUGGGACUGUUCCAGCACCACGAUGCCAUCACUGGUACCUCCAAGGCGGCGGUGAUGCGAGACUACGCCAUGCGUCUAUUCGAGAGCACCCAGAACAUGGUCAAGAUGCAGGAGUCCUGUCUGGAGCUGCUGCUUCAAAAGGGUCAACCCCGACAUCACGGUUUCUUGCUCAGCGAAUUCGAGCGGGAUAACUUCAACAAGCUGCCGCGUAAGAUGCCCAUCCAGAUGGCCAACGGGGACGACUCCACGGCCACUGUUUCUGCGGGAGAAGGUGGAGCGGGUGGUUCAGUUUCUGUCGGAUCGAUAGGAAGCUUUGUCCUGUACAACUCGCUGGCGCAGAAGCGGGUGGAAAUCGUCACUCUGCGCGUCCAGCAUCCCAAUGUGAAGAUACUCAACGAUAAGGGCGUGGAGUUGAGUCACAUCCAGAUCAAUCCGGUGUGGAACAUCACGGACACCUACGAACAGGGACUGGGCACAUCCGUUUCCGGUACAGUGGGACGCAUUCGCACCUCGACACGGCAGUUUGAAGUGAUGUUCGUGGCCGAGCUGGAACCCUUGUCCCUUAGCACGUAUCGCGUCCAGGUGGACGAGGUGAACUUCAAGCGGAACAUUGCUACCAUCUACUGUGACGACUGCACGGAAACAGCUCCUGCAGGAGUGAGUCCGCCGGAUGAAGCCGAAGUCUCGCCCUCUCCAGUUUUUGGGGCUCGUGCCAAGCCAGCAGGCGAUAUUCAGUUGGAAAAUCCCCAUAUGCGUCUACUGUUCGACGAGAAGAGUGGUUUCCUCAAGACCAUCACGCGUAAGAACCAGAAAAAAGAGCUCUUGAAACCGCUGCAGUGCAACAUCAAGUUUGCCGCCUAUCGUAGUGCUCAAUUUCACUCGGGUGCAUACCUUUUCAAGACCGAUCCUGAGCAGAGUGAGGCCGAGAAGGAAGUGCUCGAGGGCUACACUGAUAUGCGCAUCAUUAUCACUUCGGGACCGAUAGCCAGUGACGUGACCGUCAUCUACGGCCCCUUCCUGGCCCACACGGUGCGCAUAUUCAACACGCGAACUCACUUGGAUGCGGCUAUAUAUGUGGAAAACGACAUAGACUUUGAGCCACCACCCAAAAACCGGGAGACGGAGCUGUUCAUGCGGUUGGUCACCAACAUAGAUAAUAUUGCUCAAGUCCCGCUGCAGCGGGAUCCUCUCAAGGAGCCGGCCGAUGCGGCUACCAUGCCUGAACUUCCCGUCUUCUACAGCGAUCAAAACGGCUUUCAGUAUCAUGAACGUAUAAAAGUGCCGGCAAUUGGCAUCGAAGGCAACUACUUCCCCAUCACCUCGGGAGCUUUUAUCCAGGACACGCGGCUGCGCCUCACUCUGCUGACGACCCACGCCCAAGGAGCGGCCAGUUACGAGCCGGGCCAGCUGGAAGUGAUGCUAGACCGGCGCACCCUGUACGACGAUUAUCGCGGGAUGGGCGAGGGCGUCGUGGAUAGCCGUCUGACGCGCCACAAGUUCUGGUUGCUGGUGGAGGAUCUACCUGGUGGUCAGCAUGUCACGCAACCGCCCAGCUACAAAGUGCUCAGUCAGCAGGCACAGCAGCUGGCCAAUGCACUGCGCUACCCGCCGAAUCUUUACUUUGUGAGCAGCCUGGAGCAGCCAGAACUGUCCGCUGCUCUGUUGCCCUUGGUCAGGCUUCUGCCCAAGGGAGCGCUGCCGUGCGAUGUUCACCUGACCAAUCUGCGCACCCUAUCCGAUCCGGAGCUGCAGCUGUUUCCGUCCGCCUCGGCUCUGCUGGUGCUGCAUCGCCAAGGAUUUGAUUGCAGCGUGAGCGCCAGCAGGGAAUUGUCCAUGGAGGCCAUCUGUCCUUUGUCCAGCAAGGGAUUGGGUAACGUGCAGCUCGGUCGGCUCAGCCUGCACACAAUCGAGGCCACCAGUCUGACGGGGACGGAGCAGAAACCGUCGAAGGAUAGCUUUCACAUACGCUCUCUGGCCGAGAUCAGUUUGGAGCCCAUGGAGCUUCGUACCUUUAACCUCACAUUCCGCUCGGAGGUGUGAGGUGGUUAAAGCCCAUCAAGCGGAAAUAUUUAUUGUAUUUAUUUGUGGUUUAGUUCGCAUAGUUAGUGGUAUGCGCCAAGUGCAAAGUUCUCAGCUUUAUUUAGUUCUCGUCACGUCUACUGUCUGUCUUCAACAGUUUUGAAAGUACAAAGCACACGACAUAGUUAUAAACACACAAUAGGGUGGGUAGAUUUUUUUUUUGUUGAAUCAUACAGUAUAAAGGUUAAUGAAAAAUUCUAGGCACGGUCGCCCUGCAGAUUUUUACAGGAUUACAGGUCAAAGCUUAAGGAAAAUGAGGCUAAAUUUUGAAUUAUAUUUUUAUGGCCCAGUUAUUCCCCUAAAUAAUAGCCAAUUUUUACUAAAGUAUUCGUAUGUACUCUUCUACAUGUUUAAGAAGUUUAAAUUGGGAUUAACUUUCAUGGCAAAUAUUAUUUCAUUUUAGCGGCUAUGAAAUUUGUAAAAAAAAAAAACCCGUUAUGGAUUUAAAAAUGCCUAGAGUUAACCAUAGAUUUUUUUAAAGUUUAUAGUAUAUUUUUUUCAUUAUGUAAUUCGACCCACCCAAACAUGAAUGAUGUCAAACUUACAGCCUAACUCAAUAUAAUAGGCCAAAAUACCCAACUCGUCUGCCCAGGGCAAUGCAUUCCGGUUAGCUAUAUUCCCCCAGCUUUAUUAUUGAAAUAUCUGUGCAAUAAUCUUGAACUAAACAGCACUAUGGAAAUGAUACGGCUUAGAUUUAAGGACUAGCUUGAUUUUAGAUUGAAAUAUUUAGACAGAAAAUUAGUAACAAAUUUUCGUUUUGUUCGCGCGUUUGGCGUUCGUAUCGAUUUGUUUAGACUGAUUAGCCUAAAACGAUUGCAAAAUUGGCAUGUAUUAUUAAUCUCAAUUACUCUAACCAAUCCUAGCCCUUAAUCCAGAACUAACCAAAACACAGUAAUAUCUCGAAUGUAAAAUCCCUAGAUAUACACAAGUGUAUGUAGGAUAUAAGUUUUAAAAGAGCAACGUAGUGGGGUAGCAAAAGUAUAAGCCAAAUAUUACAUUACAUUCACUAGCAAUAUUGUAUAUAGUCGAAUAGGAUUUCCAGGCACGGUAAAAAUAGCUCUAAUAACCGAUAAACCACCUAGAUCUAAGCCCCUCUCUCAGCUCUUGUAUAUUGUCGUAUACGAGAGUUGUUCAAAUAGUUACUAUUGACUUCUGAAACAAAGCAUUCAAAACAAGCAAGACAUCAACUUUAGAAUACCCAGAACUUAAGGACGAGCGAAGAACGAUAGAACACUUCUAACGAAUACAAAUGUUUUGUGUAUUUAUUUAUAAAAUCUUAUUACAUUAUAUCUAAUUUUAUGGAUACAAGAAAAUAAAGUAUUAAAUGAAACCAA